AUGGCAGGAUUUCACGACGAGGUUGAACUGAAAUUUGCGGCUGAGGGCGAGGCCAAUCUGCACGCCUGGGCGCACAACAACUUCGCACGAAUUCAUCAGGGCCUCAAGGUCGUUGUCAUUGAUGCUGGUGGUGGUACAGUUGAUGUCUCUGCGUAUUGCGCUCGUCACGAUGAGGCUCAGCGGCUGGUCUUCGACGAGAUCGCUCCGGCCGGCUGUCUGCGCGCGGGCUCCACUACAAUUGACGAGCAAUUUUGGGACUUAGCGACCAAGAAGCUGCCCUCUCUGCGAGGCGUAGCUCGUGCGCGCAAAGACAAGGUAGUGAAGAAGUGGAGCGCAUUCAAGAGGCGACUCAAGGGCAAGAAGGGAUGCGUGGUGCCUCUUCAAGAGUGUCUCCAUGGCGAGCCUGCCAUGUAUGGCGCGGAAGGGUUUGACACCAAGAACGGCACGUGGAUGAUGACGAAGGAGGACGUUGCGCAUGCCUUUGAGCACUCCGUGGAAAGCACCACAGCCACCGUCAUCAAUACGCUGCGUGCUGCCUGCUCGAGCGGCGCAGACAGCUUUGACAUCCUCUUUGCAGGAGGCCUGAGCGAGAAUGACUACUUCCGAAGCGAGGUCCAAGCGCGACUGAAGGCACGCAAGCCAUGCAACGUCAAGGAGCUUCGGUAUGAACGUGUUGAAGCGCCCUAUCACAAGAGCGUAGCCGAAGGUGCGGUACUGUGCGCCGUCGACAACAUCAUUGCAAGGUGA